AUGUCGGGGCUUCUUCCAAUCACAGCUUCAACUUCUCAAAGCCCACCAUCAAGCCCACCAACAAGCCCACCAACUGUUACCACAACUACCUCUCCAUUGAAUACAUCAACUGCCAAUGCUCAAACAAGCCCACCUUCUAAUUACUGGUUACUUCAAUCAACCUCCUUACAAAACAGCACAACAACCUCACCACCAUUCAGCACCACAAGCCCACCAACAGCCACAACAGCCACACAACCCAAACCCAGCACCAACACCAACACAUCAACAUCUACCUACAUCACCAUCACCACACCAGAACGGAACGCCACCAUCCUCGUCAAGUCUCCAGUAUUCCCAGAGCAGCUUUUCAUGUUGGCGCCAAGUCAGGAACUCACCUUCUCCGUACCCUUAGGACUUGUCCACGAGUUCUCCGGCAAAUCCAGAAAAGGAAUAUCCGUUUCGUCAUCAGUUUUCGUCCAUGUAUUUUUGUACACGAAAAUUACUUUUGUUGAAAGCGUGGAUGUGGUCAGGGUCCAGUCCCUGGGGGUGACGUGUCUGUACCCUCAGGUCAUGCUGAGCACCAGCUACGUGGUCGUGACGCCAUCCACCGUGGUCAACAGCCCUGACGUCAUCAGGACUGUCCGUUUGAUGAUAGUGUCCAGUGGUGACAAUAACACGGUGACUGUCAGGUUUUCCCUCUACAACACCAGCGCCCCCAUCUCGUUUACCAUGAACCAGGUGCGGGUCGUGGCACCGGAAGUGCUAGACAUGGUGCUCAACACCACCGACGUCUACUUCAUCGAAAGCGAGGGUGACCUGACGGGGUCAACGGUCACAGCCUCUCUACCGGUGGCAGUGUUUGUGGGGGCAAGGGAGGUAUGGCGAGACAAUCUGACCUAUUACCUCCCCUUGGCUGGGGAUGCUCUCCAUUUUCGAGCGCGGAACAACACUGACGUCACCGCCGACGGGCCAGUAUCCGGGAUACAGUAUUUACGCCGUAACGAGACGGGCGCCGUGGGGCGCGUGGAUUGCAUGGCGCCCGUGGUGUCUAUGAACCUGUGGCGGUCAAGCUACGCCUGGGCCGUGCCUAGAAAUAUGACGGAACUGUCGACCAACGUCAACGAGAGUGUCGCCCUCUAUGUAGUAGUCAUCAUGGCAGAUGACAGGAGAUCUAGUUUACUGCUGAAUGGGGGCGUCUUUCAGCCUGACAACAUCUCGUACGUGGAGCCUGUCAAAGAUUUUGUGGUCAUGACUAAACGCAUCUCUAGCGGUUUCCACCAAAUCCUGAGCAACGGGUCCUUUGUGUUUGGAGCGUUCAUAUACGGCGAGCACAUACGAACCAGUUUCUGUACAGGCAUCGGCGUCCAGAAUUUUAAAUACAACCUGAUUGACCUUGGGCGUUUCCCUAUCUCUGGCAACGAUCUGAUCACAACGCCUUAUGUAUUCCUGACAACCACCACUACAACGGUCUACACAACUAGUGCGAUGCCAUCCAGCACAAUCGCUAACGUGACGUCACCAGGGGCAAGUGCGUCACCAAGCCAGACAUCAACCACCACGGGGUAUACAACGUCAUCAAACACGCCGACGGUCACGUCAUCGAACACGCGAGCGUCAGCAAACUCAACAUCUGCUACGUCAUCAGUGACGUCGCCUCCGCCGGCGUUGCCGUGUCUGCCGACGGGCACGCUGACGAACCUCACCAAGGAGGAACUGAGCGAAGUCCUCAACGACAUCAGGGAGGCGCUGUACGUGGACACCAAAUCCCUGUCGUCGACCGUCCGGAAGUUGAUCAGCAUGGACGACGAGAGGCCGUCGUCCCAGGGCAUCGGGGCAUUGGGCAUAUCCAUCAUCGCCACGGUCUUGGUGCUCAUGGUGGCUGGUGACGUCAUGCAUGCUGGGUACUGGCUGUGGGAGCUCAUUUUUAGAAGACCUCAAACGAUGUAA